CAAAAGAUGGAGAGGCUGACGAGUGCAGAGAUAGCACACCUCAAGGAGGUUUUCAACCUCUUCGAUAAGAAUGGCGAUGGCUUCAUUACUUCUGAAGAGCUUGGUACAGUCAUGAGAUCAUUGGGCCAAAAUCCUACUGAAGUGCAAUUGCAGAAUAUGAUCAGUGAAUGUGAUGCUGAUAAAAAUAACGCCAUUGAUUUCCCAGAGUUUCUGAAUCUUAUGACGAGCAAAACAAAUGUAACUGAGAAGGGACUUAGGGAUGCUUUCAACAUGUUUGAUAAAGAUCAGGAUGGCUUCAUUUCUGCAGCGGAGCUCGGUCAAGUGAUGGCAAACCUUGGGCAGAAACUGACUGAUGAGGAGUUGAACGAAAUGAUAAGUCAGAUUGACUUGGAUGGAGAUGGGCAGAUCAGCUAUGAUGAAUUCGUGGUGAAGAUGAUGGAAGGCCACUGA